AUGAGUCUACAAGAUAAUCAUGAAGAUCUCGAAAAGGCCCGAGGGAACCCACACAAGGUUCUCGCCCUCGUGGACGAGUUCGCAAACCAGAAUGCCAUGAUGAUAGUUGGCGGGCCUAAAGGCGGGAUUGUCACAGAAUUGAUCAAGGAACAGCAGCCGAAGAUUAUGAUCGAGAUGGGUUGCUACUUUGGUUAUUCCGCCAUCCUCUUCGGCGACGCAGCUCGUCAGAAUGGAGGAGAAUGCUACCAUAGCCUGGAACUCAACCCAGAUUGGGCCGCAGCUGCGAGACAGCUCAUCGAGCUAGCGGGAUUGCAAGACUUUGUAGAGGUGAUUGUCCGCCGCAGAGAUGUGAUCCUAGAUAAAUUCUACAGGGAUGGCAAGAUCACCAAUAUCGAGAUUCUGUUCAUCUACCACUUGAAGCCUGCCUAUCUGACCGACGUGAAGCUGUGUGAGCACCACGGCAUGAUUGUGCCUGGCUCCUUGCUCCUUGCAGACAAUGUCAUUUAUCCGGACAAAGGCUAUAACACCACAGGCUUACUGGAGCGAACUGUGAAGUCCUGGAUGCCUGUGGGAGAUGUGCCUUUCUUGGAGACGAUUGGAAAUCCCAAUAUCGUGUACCAAAGCGUGCUUCGGCAACCCGAAGGCGGACGGGAUGAAACUGAAGUGACGCGCUUUGUUGGGGUCCAAGAAGCAUAG